AUGGCGAACCUCUACUUCACGCACUCAAGUGCGCCCGUCAAGACGAUUGAGGAGAUUCAGUUUGGCCUCAUGUCGCCCGAACAGAUCAAGACGAUGAGUGUCUGUCACGUCAUCUACCCUGAGACGAUGGACGAGACGCGUACCAAGCCACGCGACAGCGGUCUCAACGAUCCUCUUCUCGGUUCCAUCGAUCGCCAGUUCAAGUGCAAGACGUGCACGCAAGCCAUGGGCGAAUGUCCUGGUCAUUUUGGUCACAUUGAGCUCGCCAAGGGCGUCUACCACCCGGGUUUCAUCAAGAAGGUCAAGAAGAUUCUUGAAAUCGUCUGCCUCGAGUGUUACAAGGUCUUGGGUGAUAGAAAUGAUCCUGAAUUCGAACAAGCUGUGAACACGAGAGACCCCAAGCAGCGCUUUCAUCGUGUCUGGCUUCAUUGCAAGAAGAAGAAGCGGUGCGAGAACGAGCUCAAAGAGGAGAAGGAUGGCCCCGAUUCUUUCCCGGAGCUGAGGAGACAGAACCAAGUCCCCCAUGAUGGUUGUGGCAACGUCAAGCACGACAUCCGCGCCAAAGCCCUUCAGCUCAUCGAGAAGGUUACGUCAACCACCGAAGACGGCGUCAAAGAUGUCAAGGAGGUCCCAAUCACGGCUGAUCGCGCCCACGGUAUUCUGCGUCGCAUCUCCGACGACGACCUGAGGGAUAUGGGUCUUAACCUCGACUACGCUCGCCCUGAGUGGAUGAUUAUCACCGUUCUCCCGGUCCCCCCUCCUCCUGUACGUCCCAGUAUUUCUAUGGACGGUACAGGCCAGGGUAUGAGGAACGAGGAUGAUUUGACCUACAAGCUUGGUGAUAUCAUUCGUGCCAACGGCAAUGUUCGACAGGCCAUCAGAGAAGCUUCGCCCGCUCAUAUUGCCAGAGACUUCGAGCAGCUCCUCCAAUACCACGUCGCCACAUACAUGGACAAUGACAUUGCUGGCCAACCACGCGCUCUUCAGAAGAGCGGACGUCCUGUCAAAGCCAUCCGAGCUCGUCUCAAGGGCAAGGAAGGUCGUCUACGAGGAAACUUGAUGGGUAAACGUGUCGACUUCUCAGCUCGUACUGUCAUCACUGGUGACGCCAACCUGUCCCUGGACGAGGUUGGUGUCCCCAGGAGUAUUGCCAGGACGUUGACGUACCCGGAGACCGUUACCCCUUACAACAUUGGCAAGCUGCACGAGCUGGUGCAGAACGGGCCAAACGAGCACCCCGGCGCAAAGUAUGUCAUUCGCACAGACGGUACAAGAAUUGACUUGCGGCAUCACCGACGUGCUGGGCAGAUCUCGCUCGAGUACGGCUGGAAGGUGGAGCGUCAUCUCAUGACUGGUGAUUAUAUCAUCUUCAAUCGUCAGCCGUCACUUCACAAGGAGUCCAUGAUGGGUCACAGGGUUCGUGUCAUGCCCUACUCGACCUUCAGACUGAACCUGUCAGUCACAUCGCCUUACAACGCUGAUUUCGAUGGUGACGAGAUGAACCUUCACGUCCCGCAAAGCGAAGAAACUCGCGCCGAAAUCAAAGAGCUUUGCAUGGUCCCCAUCAACAUUGUCUCUCCGCAGCGAAACGGUCCCCUCAUGGGUAUUGUCCAGGACACGCUGGCUGGUGCCUACAAACUCUGCCGCCGUGACGUCUUCCUCACCAAGGAGGAGGUCAUGAACAUCAUGCUGUGGGUCCCCAACUGGGAUGGUAUCAUUCCCGUUCCAGCUAUCCUCAGGCCUAGCCCUCGAUGGACAGGAAAGCAGAUUAUGAGCAUGGCCAUUCCUGAGAUUGUCAGUCUCAACAGCUUACCCGACACAAAGGAGGACAACUCUGUCAAGGACGAGGGUCUCCUGAUUCAGUCCGGUCAGCUCAUGUAUGGUCUCCUCACCAAGAAGGUCAUUGGCGCUGCCAGUGGUGGUAUCGUCCAUAUUGUCUACAACGAGCACGGCCCAGAAGCUGCGAUGAAGUUCCUUAACGGCGUUCAACAGACUGUCAACUACUGGCUGCUCCACAACGGUUUCAGUAUCGGCAUCGGUGAUACUAUUCCUGAUACCCUUACCAUUGAAAAGGUCCAGGGCCACAUCGAUGAACAAAAGGACGAAGUCGCCCGCCUCACCAAGCAGGCCACAAACAACGAGCUCGAGCCUUCUCCCGGUAUGAACAUUCGAGAGACCUUUGAGAGCAAGGUCUCGCGAGCUCUCAACACAGCUCGUGACAAGGCAGGUACCACAACGCAGAAGAGUCUGAAGGAUCUCAACAACGCCGUCACUAUGGCUCUGUCAGGCUCCAAGGGUUCGUCCAUCAACAUUUCGCAGAUGACUGCGCUGGUCGGUCAGCAAAUCGUCGAGGGAAAGCGUAUUCCUUUCGGCUUCAAGUACCGCACUCUGCCUCACUUCACCAAGGAUGAUUACUCUCCUGAAGCCCGCGGUUUCGUUGAGAACUCGUACCUCCGUGGCCUCACUCCUAGCGAAUUCUUCUUCCACGCCAUGGCUGGUCGUGAGGGUCUUAUUGAUACUGCUGUGAAGACUGCCGAGACGGGUUACAUCCAGCGUCGUCUCGUGAAGGCGCUUGAGGACGUUAGCGCCAAGUACGAUGGCACGGUCCGUAACUCGCUUGGCGAUAUCAUUCAGUUCCUUUACGGUGAAGAUGGUCUCGACGCCAUUUACAUCGAGAAGCAACGCAUGGACUUCCUCAACAUGUCCAACAAGAAGUUCGACGACCGUUACAAGCUCGAUGUCAUGGAUGCCAACAAACCCGAGGAACUCGACUGGCUUGAAUAUGGCAACGAGAUUGCCGGUGACCCCGCCUCUCAGCAGCUUCUAGACGAAGAAUACGAGGCCUUGGCCGAAGACCGCAGGGUCGUUCGAGAGAUCAACUUCCGCAGGAAGGACGACGAGUCGAUGCAGCUGCCGCUCAACAUUGUUCGCAUCAUGGAGACAGCAAAGAAGCUCUUCAACGUCCAGGACUUCCAGCGCAGUGACUUGACGCCGCAGGACGUCAUCCCGGCCGUCGCGUCUAUGCUCGACAGGAUGACUGUGGUUCGUGGUCAGGAUGGUCUCUCUAAGGAGGCUGACUACAAUGCCACCAUCCUUUUCAAGGCUCAUAUGCGUUCGCGCCUUGCAUUCAAGCGCGUUGCUUGUCUUCAGCGCCUCAACAAGCUGGCCUUCAACCACGUUCUCGGUGAGCUUGAAGGUCGCUGGGCCAAGGCGUCUAUCAGCCCUGGUGAGAUGGUCGGUGUCCUGGCAGCCCAGUCCAUUGGUGAGCCCGCGACGCAGAUGACGCUGAACACUUUCCAUUUCGCCGGUGUGUCGUCCAAGAACGUUACGCUCGGUGUGCCUCGUCUCAAGGAGAUUCUUAACCUGGCACAAAACAUCAAGACACCUUCCAUGGUUGUCUACCUGAGCGAGGGCAACGCCACCCAGGAGGCUGCCAAGGCUCUCCGCAGCACUGUCGAGCACACCACUUUGCGCUCCGUUACUGCCAUGACUGAAAUUUACUACGACCCCGACCUCGAGAACACAGUGAUUCCCUCUGAUACCGACAUGGUGGAAUCUUACUGGGCUAUUCCCGAUGACUCUCACGAAUCGGCGAACCUGCAGAAUAGGUGGCUGCUACGUAUCACGCUCGAUCGCCAGAAGAUGCUCGACAAGGAAUUGACGGUCGAGGAUGUCGCAUCGCGCAUCAAGGCGGAUUACCCCAACGACUGCAACCUUGUUUUCAGUGACAACAACGCAGAUGAGCAGGUUAUUCGCAUCCGUACCAUUAAACCCGACAAGGGAGGUGACGACGAGAGCAAGGUGGAGGACGAUGUCAUGCUGAAGCAAUUCGAGACCCAUCUGCUCGACACCCUGACCCUUCGUGGUGUCCUGGGCAUUGAGAGAGCCUUCUUGAACAAGGAGACCAAGCUCAUUGAGACUGAUGAUGGUGCGCUGUUGGCGGCCAAGGCGGACGACAGGUGCCAGGAAUGGUACCUCGACACGUCUGGUACUUCGCUCAGCUCUGUUCUCAUGGUGGAGGGAGUUGACGCCACGCGCACAUACACCAACCACCUUUGGCAGAUCAACGAGGUGUUUGGUAUUGAAGCGGCCCGAGGCGCGCUGGUUCGUGAGUUGACACAGGUGCUCGCUUUCGACGGUUCUUACGUCAACCAUCGCCAUCUUGCGCUCCUUGUCGAUGUCAUGACCUACCGUGGUGGCAUCUCUGCAGUCACCCGCCACGGUAUCAACCGUGCCGAUACUGGUGCGCUCAUGCGUUGUUCGUUCGAGGAGACUGUCGAGAUUCUGCUGGAGGCUGCCGCCGUCGGCGAACUUGACGACUGCCGUGGUAUUUCUGAGAACGUCAUGCUGGGACAGAUGGCCCCCAUGGGCACUGGCCACUUUGAGGUUCUUCUUGAUCCCAAGAUGCUUGAGACGGUCAUCAGUGACAACUCGAGAAUGGGUCUCGUGCCCGGCAUGCCUGUCAAGGGUGGUGAGAUGGGAGGUGCGGCCACGCCUUAUGACACUGGUUCGCCUCUGGACUCUGGUUAUCUGUCUCUGGGCUCGCCCUCCUCCAACGAGGGCAACUUCUCUCCCAUUGUGGGUGCUGGCUCGGAUGACAACACUGGUUUUGGCACCGAAUACGGCGGAACCUAUGGCGGUUUCGGUGGUGCCAGUCCUGGCCGAGCGGGAGCUACCAGCCCGUUCACCACGUCACCGACUUCGCCAUUCAGCAGCUUCGCUGGUGCAGGUGGCUACUCGCCAACCUCUCCGGGUGGCGGUUACUCGCCCACGUCGCCGCUCAUGGACGGAGGUGCUCGCUACGCGACCUCGCCACAGUUCAGCCCGUCCUCGCCUUCGUUCUCUCCUACGUCGCCGGUACACCGCCCGACGAGCCCCGCCAGUCCCAACUACAGCCCGACCUCACCGAGCUACUCACCGACGUCUCCCACGUCUCCGAGGCACUACUCGCCGACCUCUCCUGCGCAGUUCAACUCACCGACAUCGCCCAGCUACUCGCCUGCUAGUCCCAGCUACAGCCCGACGUCGCCCAACCUUCACGGCGCGGGACCUACCUCGCCGUCGUACUCGCCCGCAUCGCCGUCGUGGUCCCCCACGUCGCCGGAACACUCGUACUCACCCACGAGCCCGAGCUUCCAACGGCCGGCGAUGCAGCAGUCACCGACGAGCCCCAACUACUCCCCAACUUCUCCUUCUUUCUCCCCUAGAACCCCUGGUCCCUCGGGCUCCGGCAACCAAUACUCUCCUAAUUCCCCCACCAACGACUGA